AUGGCUCUAUUAACUGAUCUGCCCAUCGAGAUUCAUCAUCGUUUCCUGUCAUUCGUGCAUUCUCAUCGCGAUAUUGCCGCACUCUCCAUACAAUGCCGCUCACUACACGCCCUUUGUGACAUGUCCAUGCGCAAGAAAUACCGGCGAGUGCGUAUUGACAACAACGACAAGAGCUUGAAUAAAGCAUUUGCUAUGCUCAUGGAAAUUCUCAAACGGCCCAGCCUAGGCCGAUACGUGCGUCAUAUCGAAUGCAGCAAAGGUCCCCCGUGUUUUGAUGACUACACAGAGCGAACGAAUUCGCUACGAGACCUAAAUGACAAGGAAAUGCAGCUCCUUCGGGCCGCAAUCUGUAGAGCAGGAUUCACAGGCUCAGAGACGGGUCGCAUUCUCAAUAUGGUUAUGCAAACAGAAGCCGGCGAGGAAAGGCCAUGGCCCCGAUACUUCCCUACUAUGAGCCGAGGGGUCUACAUUGCACAAGCCAUGACUGCUCUGCUUAUCUCGGUUUCGCCGGAUUUAGAGUUAUUAGCAAUGCCCCCGCCGUUCUACAACUACACUGGCUUUUACUGGCCUGAACAAAGCCACGAUUACGAAUCAGUCAAGUUCCCACUGGAAAUACUGCUUCGUCAGGUUAAUUCUGACCCGAACAAUAUGCCAUUCCUGCAGAAUUUGCGAAACGUCUACGUGAUUAACAACGACCUUGACGAGGAACGUUUUUACUUGUCUAUGGACUUUAUGGGAGCUAUGCAUCUUAUUCAUUGUUUGCCAUCUAUAGAGAUGGUUAGCACAGAUAUUUUACAAGAGGAUGAGAACGGGGCGCCAAGGCUGGAACCCGGAUCAUCUAACAUUAGUCGAUUCGCCAUCCAUCAUUCGUCGCUGGAUAUAUUUUACCUCGCCAAUGUCAUAUGCUCGUCCAAGGUUCUGAGAGAGUUUCAGUACUCUAUUGGGGGGAGGGACGUAUUAGGCGGAAGUUACUCGAAAUUCAAUCCCAAGACAUUUUUCUUCACGAUCUUGCCACACAGAGAGACACUAGAGAUAUUGGAUGUGGAUGUGGAGUGUAAUAUUGGUGAAUUCAACAAUGAGGCUGUGGAAUAUGAGGAGUUGGAUGAUAUUUUUGAGCAGUGGGGUGGUCGACGUGAUGCGGAGCAUGUUUGGACAGGGACGCCGGCGGAAUCACUAUGGGGGCAGAGCGGAUCACUGCGGGAAUUUCGCGCAUUGAGACGAUUGAGCCUCGGUAUUCACACUCUGAUGUAUUAUGCUCAGGGUGUCAACCUGGCAAAGAGAGAGAGCUUCAGACUGGCUGAUUGCUUGCCGCCGAAUUUGGAGUAUCUGCUCAUUCGGGGGUAUCAGAAAGGUCAGGACGAGAUGCAUGACGCUCAGAUUGACUUGCUAGUAGCAUGGAAAGAUAGUGGACUAUCCAGCCUGACAGAGAUCCAGGGAAUUACGGAGUGCAUACCGCAUGCUGAGGAUGUGGGCAACCCUGAUGAUGAAGAUGCCCCAUUGUGGGAAAGAGACGAGGAAUGGUCUUCGGAUUCUGAUUGA